ACUAAUCGCGACCACACCUCCACCUUUCAGGCCGUGAAUGAUGCGGAUACCCCGGAUUCUGUCCGCGCAGCUUAUGCGUACCGCAGAUGCAGCGCCAUACGCAGUGAUCGAGGCUAUACAACGAAUGCUGAUUGCAAUGACAUCUCUACUUACGCUUUGUAGCCGCCUUUUGCUGUUAGCAGUAAGCAGCAACUCCCCCGGCGCGACGUAACCUUCAACCCUAGACGAUACACUAUCUCUCCUCCAUGCCAUCGUCCAACAAACAAGUCGCACUCGUCGUCGGUGCUUCGCGAGGCAUUGGCCGACAAAUCGCCAUCGACCUAGCAAAAGAUGGCUAUGCAGUCGUCGUAGCCGCAAAAUCCACCUCCGACGCCUCCAAAUGCUCUCCUUUCCCACCCGACCCAAACUCCCCUGUGUCCACCAUCUCCACCGUGACCCGCGAGAUCCACGAGUCAGGCGACGAAGCCACAGCCAUAAGUGUCGACACGCGAGACUAUACCAGUAUAGAGCGCAUGGUAGCCGAGACAGUAGCCAAGUACGGCCUUCUGAAUGUACUCGUAUAUAAUAGCGGCGCGAUAUGGUGGGCAAGCGUGGCCAAGACCCCGAUGAAGCGUUUCCAACUCAUGCAGCGUGUGAACGUCGAGGGUCUGUAUGGCGUCAUACAAGCCUGUCUUCCGCACUUUGAACAGCGCGAAGGGGCGUGGAGGGGCAGGAUUAUAGUUGUUAGUCCGCCGAUCUAUUCGCGCUUCUUCCGCGGGAAGACGGCGUAUGCAAUGGGCAAGGUGGGUAUGUCUGUUCUUACAAAGGGGCUAGCCAUGGACUUCCAGCGCGAGGGAAAGAGCGACAUGGCGGUUACGAGCAUUUGGCCCGCGACGGCGGUGCAGAGUGCUGCGACGCAGAGUAUGGCGCAGGAAGAUGCCAAGGAUCUUAGGACUGCGAAUAUCUUCUCGGAUGCGGUGCUGCAGAUGAUCAAGGCGCCUGUGGAAGAGGUUAAUGGGAUGUUGCUGCUUGAUGAGGAUUUCUUGCGGAUGAAGGGGGUUAGUGAUUUUGAAAAGUACAAUUUGGUGGAGGGGAGUAGGCCGAGGAGGAUUAUGCCUGUGAAGUUUCCGGAUUUGAGAGUCAAGGAACAGGAUGAUGAGGGGAGGAGGGUUGAUAGUACAAAGCUUAGAGCUUCGAAACUGUGACAUUGGAGAUGAUGUCAUCUAGUUCUUGACACGACUGUACAUGUUCAGUUUUUUUUUUAGUAAUCUGCGUGGC